AUGCCAACAGAAGACCCUUUUGCUUGGAUACUUACACCUGAGUUUAGGGAUGAGAGCUUCAAUUCGAUCACUGGUCUUAAUGGAAGUGGUAAAUCAAACAUUCUCGACUCAAUAUGUUUUGUUCUUGGUAUUACGAAUAUGACAACAGUUCGGGCGCAGAAUCUCCAGGAUCUAAUAUACAAACGCGGGCAAGCUGGAGUAACGAAAGCCAGUGUGACGAUCGUUUUCGACAAUCGAGACAAGAAGAAAUCACCCAUCGGGUUUGAGGAAUAUGCUCAGAUCAGUGUUACUCGACAAAUUGUCCUGGGAGGUACCAGCAAAUAUCUUAUAAAUGGACAUCGAGCACAGCAGCAAACGGUGCAAAACCUUUUCCAGUCAGUUCAGCUGAAUAUCAACAACCCGAAUUUCUUGAUUAUGCAGGGACGAAUUACAAAAGUGUUGAACAUGAAGGCGGUUGAGAUUCUGGCCAUGAUUGAAGAGGCAGCUGGGACACGGAUGUUCGAGGACAGGAGGGACAAAGCUUUCAAGACGAUGGCUAAGAAGGAAAUGAAAGUUCAAGAGAUUACCGAGCUACUGAAAGAAGAGAUCGAGCCAAAAUUAGAGAAGCUGCGGACGGAGAAACGGGCUUUCCUGGAUUUUCAACAGACGCAGAACGAUUUAGAGAGACUUACAAGAGUAGUAGUAGCGCAUGACUAUCUGAAGAAUCAAGAAAAGGUUGCACAAUCAGCCAAUGACCUCGAGCUCAAGAAGCAACGGGCGAUUGAUCUGGAGGAAUCGGCGAAUCGAUUGAAAAACGAAAUAUCAUUCCUGGAAGAAGAUAUUAAGCGGGUGAAGGCGCAGAGGGAAAAAGAACUAAAGAAGGGUGGAAAGGCGCAAGGUUUAGAAGAGGAGGUCAAGAAAUAUUCCCACGAGUUGGUCCGGCUUGCAACAGUUAUGGAUCUCAAGAAGUCAAGUAUGGCGGAAGAGCAGGAACGGAAGUUAGCAACUGAAACAACGGUUGCUGAGAUGGAAUCUCUACUGAAGCAGAAAACUAAGGUUUACGAAAAACUGCAAUCGCAAUACGACAAAGCCAAGGAAGAUCUAGAGAAGCAGAAUUCAGAAGCAGAGACAAAAGAGGAGCUUUUGCAGACUUUGCAAACUGGUGUUGCAUCUAAGGAAGGCCAAGAGAGUGGAUAUCAAGGGCAAUUGCAGGAUGCAAGGAACCGUUUGAGUGCUGCAUCUACCGAGCAAGAACAAGCCAAAUUGAAAAUCACCCAUUUCGAGAAGCGAAUCAAAGAAGAAGAGCCAAGGGCGAAGAAGGCUAAAGAGCAGAAUGCUGGCCUUCUGGGCGACCUCGAGGGAUUGCGAUCUCAAGCGCAGAAACUCGAAAAGGACCUUCAAAAAUUGGGCUUCGAAGCAGGCAAGGAAGAGGAAAUGUAUAAGCAAGAAUCGACAAUUCAGCAGAAUAUUCGAAGGAUCCGAGAACAAUCCGACGGCUUGAAACGCAAAGUAGCAAAUGUGGACUUCAAUUAUGCAGACCCUACCCCAAAUUUCGACAGGUCGAAAGUCAAGGGCCUGGUGGCUCAACUCUUCACCAUUGACAAAAACCAUACGGCUGCGGGAACAGCUCUCGAAAUUUGUGCCGGUGGUCGAUUGUAUAAUGUUGUCGUUGACACAGAAGUCACCGGUACCCAAUUACUCCAGAAUGGAAAACUGAGGAAGCGAGUCACAAUCAUACCUUUGAACAAAAUUGCCGCCUUCCGGGCUUCAGCAGAGAAGAUUGGUGCUGCCCAAAGAAUUGCCCCUGGUAAAGUUGACCUCGCGCUCUCUUUAGUAGGAUACGAUGAUGAAGUCUCGACUGCUAUCGAUUACGUUUUCGGAAAUACUUUAAUCUGCGCAAAUGCCGCUACAGCUAAGCGAGUAACAUUUGAUCCUUCUGUCCGUAUGAAGAGUAUCACAUUGGAAGGUGACUCCUAUGAUCCUUCUGGUACAUUGUCUGGAGGUAGUUCUCCCAACUCAAGUGGGGUUCUGGUCACUAUGCAGAAGCUCAAUGAGCUUAACAAGGAACUGAUGUUACAAGAAACCGAGCUGGCAGAUCUCCAUGCCACCAUUGCCGGGGAGAAGAAGAGGAUGGACCAAGCACGGAAAGUCAAACAAGAACUAGAUCUUAAAUCUCACGAGGUCAAACUUACGGAGGAGCAAAUUGGAGGCAACUCCUCGUCGUCCAUCAUCCAGGAAAUUGAGAAUAUGAAAGCCAGCAUUGUUCAACUCAAGCAAGAUUUGGUCGAAGCAAAGAAACGACAGGACGAAGCCACCAAAGAUAUCAAAAGUAUUGAGAAAGAUAUGAAAGAAUUUGAUAAUAAUAAAGAUGGCAAGCUCGUUGAACUGCAGAGCUCCCUUGAUUUCUUGAGGAAAGCACUUACCAAAAACUCGACGGCUGUCAAGGCACUACAUAAAGAAUUACAAAGUGCACAGAUGGACACGGAACAGGUUGGAGGUGAUCUUUCACAUGCACAAGAACAACUUCAAGAAGUCGAGCAAACCUUAAAAGCUCAGGGAGAGGAGAUUACAGGUCUAGUCUCUGAGCAGGCGCAGGUCAAGGAUUCGCAUGAUAUUGCACAAGCACAUCUUGAUGAUGAACGAGCUAAAUUGACAGGGUUUGAUGAUGAGUUACAUUCUCUUGAGCAAGCAUCACGAUCAAAAGCAUCUCGCAUUACUGAAGAAGGCCUAGAAAUGCAAAAGCUAGGCCAUCAGAUUGAGAAAUUUCACAAGGAGCAGCAGGCUGUUGUGCAAACAGUCUCGCACAUGGAGAAAGAGCACGAAUGGAUUGCUGAUGAAAAAGACAAUUUUGGUCGAACUGGAACUCCCUAUGACUUCAAAGGUCAAAACAUCGCGGAAUGUAAAUCUACAUUGAGGAAUCUUACCGAGCGCUUCCAGGGGAUGAAGAAAAAGAUCAAUCCGAAGGUUAUGAACAUGAUUGAUAGUGUCGAAAAGAAGGAAGUAGCACUUAAGAACAUGAUGAGAACUGUCAUCAGGGACAAAAAGAAGAUCGAGGAAACCAUCGGCAGUCUUGACGAAUACAAGAAGAAAGCUUUACAAGAAACCUGGCAAAAAGUCAACAAGAAUUUCGGUCAGAUAUUCGCUGAAUUAUUACCAGGCAGUUUUGCAAAGUUGGAACCUCCUGAGGGGAAGACUAUAGCCGAUGGUUUAGAGGUUAAGGUAUCCUUGGGUAAAGUGUGGAAACAGAGCUUGACAGAAUUGAGUGGUGGGCAAAGAUCGCUCAUUGCACUUUCACUCAUUAUGGCCCUAUUACAAUUCAACCCAGCCCCCAUCUAUAUUCUCGAUGAAGUGGAUGCCGCGCUCGAUCUGUCACACACACAAAAUAUUGGUCGACUGAUCAAAACCCGUUUCCAUGGCAGUCAAUUCAUCGUUGUCAGUUUGAAAGACGGCAUGUUCCAAAACGCGAACCGUAUUUUCCGAACUAGAUUUAGUGAGGGCACGUCGGUUGUACAAAGUUUAACGGCGGCGGAUUUCAAUUGA